AAUAUUCUCAUAUUCAUGAGAACUGCACUUUCAUACCACAAAGUUAAGCUCAACGCUUUGUAAUCAUGUUUGUGAAGGUUGCAGCACUCUUGGCAGUCUUCCUGGCCGUGGCGAGCGCUCAGAUUUCGGGAGCUCCGGCGGAUGCAGACAUAAAAAACCCAGAAGUCAAGGCUGCCCUGCGGUUUGCAGUUGCACAGUACAAUAACCAGAGUAACAGUAUAUACCUCUGUAAAGUUGUUAAGGUGAUCAAGGCCCAGGUGCAGGUUGUUUCUGGUUCUAAGUACUACUUCACCGUUGUGAUGGCCCAGACUUCCUGCAAAAAAGAGGAAGCUAAAAUCAAGUGUGCCAUCAAUUCGGACCCAGCGAUUGCACAGCCCCAUGAAUGCAACCUGGUAGUGUGGAGUCAGCCUUGGUUGCACAGAAUGGUUUUAACUGAGAAUACCUGCUAAGAGAGAUUUGACACACUGUCCUGCAACCCAGAAUCUUUCAAGAGAUACAUUUAAAAAUGUGCAUUAUUCAUCAGAGUGUAUUUGGAGAUGUUAUUAAAAUGUUGCUCAAAGUA